AUUUAUUUCUCGUAAACUUCCAUACAUAACAACCUCUAACCCCCUCAAGACCCCAUCCAAAACCAUGGCCACCAUGUCCGCAGGCACAACAACCUACAACGUCUACCGCGUCUUCUUCUCCCAAUCCUCCGGCACAGAAUAUGAAGCCAUCGCUCUAGUCCCCCAAGAAAACAAAGACCAAGGUGCCGGCCGGUUCUACCAUGUUAUAGGAACCGUUGGCUUGGGAAUGGACUACGAAUCGAAACCUGCUCACCGGUUUGACAAGAUCCCGGAAUACAAAGGUGCUGCUUUUCUGUUCCGACUACCAAGGGCGCAGCUUGCGAGGUUUGAGGAGAUUGCGAGGAGUUGUCCGCCGCCGCAUGAUCCGAGGGCGUUGACAAAGGCGAAACCGGAUCCACCGGUGAGGGAUUGUUCGAGUUGGAUCGAUGAGGUUUUGGCUGCGGCGAGGGACUUGGUUUGAUUGUUGUGGACAUUAGGGACAAACUGGAGAGCAGAAUGUGUCUAUCAGAUGAUGCAGAAGAAUGGCGUAUAUGUGUGAAGGGGUACUAUGAAGUCCAUAAUUGCUACCAUAGCACCUCAGUCAAAAACGGGUAAGCUCAAUGCUCAGCACAAUAAGUCUCGACAUGUCCAUCUUCGACCUUGAUAUUGGCUAGGCAUAGGUCUCUAUGAGUGAGUGUAUUUCGAUGUUUGCAUUGGGAGAGCAUGGCAGUCAGAAAGCUCCUGACAUGAGAUCUUGGGUGGCUUUGGUUGAUAGGCACAUAUCAGAGCGUUGUUGAAUGCUUCUUCAGAGUCAAAUGGCCCUGGUGUCAACUGUUAGCAUUCAUGAAAACUUAUACGUAGAAAAUGCCAUGAACUCGUCU